UCUACACAAUUAGUAAGCCUAGGAAUUUACAUGAUCACCGAUACAUUCCUUUUUGCUGAUAUGGCAAGACCAGAAAUAAGUUAAUCAUUAAACUUUUGCACUCAGCAAGAGACUGAUUUAUAUCUAGAGCACUCUGCAGCCUGCUGCAGUAUACACGCGAGCGUUUGGCAAACUUGCAUGGAAACUUCCUCAAGUACCGAUUGUUAACCCCUUGUUCAUGUGCUGUUUAGUUUGUAUUGCCACAUCGUAAUUCCUAUGCCUGUGAAAACAUGGCAGUUCGGGGGAUUUUGCUUUCAGCUCUUUUGGUUUUGCUAAUGUCGACAAGAAGUCAGGGGCUGCUGUCGGACUUCAAAACAUGCGGAGAUGCCGAGUGUGAAAGUUUAAUAAGCCGUGUGCAAGCCAUAAGAGACCACAAAGGUCCAGACUGUAGAUUCCUAAACUUUAAAUCUGGUGCUGUGAUAUUUGUAUAUUAUAAACUGUCAGGACAAAGAGAUGACCUGUGGGCUGGCAGUAUUGACAAACAGUUUGGCUAUUUCCCAAGGGAUGCAGUGCAAAUUGAAGAGGUUUAUGUAUCAAAUGAAGUUCAGAUUCCUGCAAAGGAAACUGACUUCUUCUGUCUUGAUGGAGGUGGGUAUUUCACUGAAAGUGAAUCAAGCCAAUUGGAGAGCCAGGAACCCCAUAAGCCAGAAAUGCCUGCAAGUGAAACAGGAAGUUCAGUAACAAUUGGUUCUGAACCAGAACAGGAUGAAAAUGUAGACUCAGGAAAGGGGGAACCUAGUGACUCAGCUGAACAACUGGAUCAGGUUAAUAAGGACCUGAAGGUUGCAGAACAAGAAGGGUCUCAUUGGCUUGGAUCUGGACUUACUGGAUGGCUGGGUUUAGGAAGCCAAGAGGAUGAUGGUGAGAAGAAGAAGAAAGUGGAACAAAACUCAUUUAAAAGCAGGAGGAUUGCCAUGGAUUUCAGUGAUAAUACAUUUCAAAGUGACAUAGAACAAGAGACAGAACCUAAAAAAACUGGCUGGUUAAGUGGACGUUUAUCAAACAUAAUGAAUUUUAGAGGACAGGCACCAGAGAUUUUAUCCAAUAAUAAACCUGAAAAUGCUGAUGACAAAAUUACAGUGCAGCACAGAACAAAGGCAACUAUUACUAAUACAGGAGAAGUGGGUGAGAUGGAAAUGGAGCAGAAUUCACAGGAAGAAAAAGCUGCAGGUGAUGGGUCAAAAUCUAACUGGCUUAAUAUUGGAAUCGGUGAUGUUUUAAGCUUUAGUCGGAACAGCUGGAAUGGAAAUUCAAAACAAAAGGAUGGCACACUUAAAGAAAAAUAUGAUGGUCAGGUUGAAGAUGAUAAAAUAAGUAGUGAGGGAGAACAGGAGCUCAAUCUCGAUGAGACGUCAACACAGAUUGGAGAACAGAGGUCCAUUGUUCCAAAUACGGAGAAAAAAGAUACAACUUCACACCCUGACAAAGAAACUGUUGAGGGAGAGACGAAUAUAAAAGGCGAAAAAACAGGUUGGUAUGGUAAUGUCUCUAAUAUUACCCUUGGGUUUGUCAGGGAACAGAUGUCAAGACAGGAAGUACAUGUUUUAAAAGAUGGUGAAUCAUCAGAAAUAGCUUUAGAGAUACAAGAGCCUGAUUUAGGGGAAGAGGUUAAAGUAAGCGCUGAAUUUACAGAUAACGGAGAAGAAGCGGAAUCUCAGUCUAUGCUUUCUGUAGGGGGUAUUCAAAACAUGUUUGGAAGCCUAACGUCAAGGUUUCAGCAAGAGAAUUCAGAUACCAAAAAAGAUCUCCCAAAAGAGGACGCCUCAGUAGAAAGCACAGAGCACAAGAAGUUAACAGAAUCGGAUCAGGAUGUUUUAGACAACAUGCAUCCCAUGGAGAACUUACAAGAACAAUCAAUGUCAGACUCUAUACAGGUACCUGGUUUAAAUGAAAUGGAAGAAAUGCUAGAAGGAGAUCAAGGUGGUGAAAAUGAAAUGGGCAUUCCAACAGCCAACAAACCAGGACCUGAACAUUGGGCAGAGCUGGAUUUUCCUUUUGAUAGUAAUGUAGGAAACAGUGUACAGUUCAUUGAGGAAUUAGACGUAGUUAAAGAAGGCACUGGCAACCACCACGAUUUUCAAGAUGUUUUUAUUUCAGACUCAGAAGAUCCAGUAACAUUAACAGGAAACAGAAACCAUUUUAGCAAGGAAGCUGAUCUUCCAAAAGACAAUGACAAUGAUAUUAAAAAAGAAGCAGAGCAUGAACAGAUUGAAAGAACAACUCCAGAACAUACUACUAAAAAGACUAUACUAAACCUUUCUGAAGGAUCUGUUGUGUGGAAACCAAGUACCAAGUCACAUCAUGAUCAUUUAAAUGAUGCUGGACUCAAUAAGGACGUUUUCAAAAGUGACACUGAAAAACAUAGUGCUCUGCAGGAUAAAGAACAUGCAGAAACCAUGGUGAACCAUAAUUCAAAAGAAACUAUACUUUCUCCUUCUGAAAGCGCAUUAUUCAAUAAAGAGUCAGAUCCAUUAUCAGCUACAGACUUUACUAAACAACUGCGACAUGAAGACGAUAAUCAAGAUCAACUGCACUUAGUUUCUAAACAGGAACACAACAGUCACGCAAAUCUGCCGGGUGACACAGAAGUUGAUGGAGGGAUUCUUGAAGCGACUGAUACAACAUCCUCACUAUCACUGAAGGAGCUUGUUAGUUAUAGUGAUGCUUCCAUAUUAGUGCAGGAAGAAGGAUUAGUAAAAAUGAAUUUUUCUAUAAAGGCAGGCUUUCAAAGUCAGGAUCAGCCUUCAACUGAAGCAAAACCAAAGGAAGACGAUAAAAAGAUUAGAAAGCCAGAAGAUGCUGAAGAAAUAAUGAAGAGUCAGCACGAAAUGUUAAAUGAAGAACAGCUAAGUUGUUGUGACUCAUUAGCUCAUGCAGAUAAGUCGUUGAACCACUUAAGCAUUAAAGAUAUGUCAAACAUGUAUAUACCACAAACACAUGACAGUAAAGUAGUAGUCCCACCUGAAGAGAAAAAACACAAUGUAAAAGAUAAAGACCAAGGUAUUUUUGAAAGCACAACAAAACAUCUACCAGAACUUCAGUCUUUAGAAAAGUCAUCUUUAGAUACCAAAGAUCAUUACGAAUCUGUGAACAGUGACAAAGCACAGAUGACACCAGUUACUCAAGAUACGCUGUUAGAGUCUAGUUUGAAACCUGAAAAAACAAUUGUCAUAGAUACAUAUCAAGUUUUUUUGCAUGAAACCAGUAAUGAUCAUCAUGAUGGUGACAACGAUAAACAUUCUUUAGACAGUAAAAGAUUAAAACUAGAUGCAGAUUCUGAAGACAGCAGUCGUUCAAGCCAAGAGCCAGUAUUGUUGGCACAAAAACAAACCACUGAACAUGGGAUCAGCCCAGUGAUAGAAAGUGCAGCUUUGUCUCCCGAACAAACUGAUACAAAAACACUUGAAUCUGAGCCAUUCGCGCAGCAUCAAACUAAGAUUACAAUAUCAGAGUCUGUUUCUGUCCCAAAUCAGGAAACAUCUGUAUUGCAUGUUUCUGAGGAAAGCCCUUAUGCUUCACAAGAGUUAAAUAUAGUUGAAGAACGAUUACUCUUAGAAAUGAAAAAUGAACAAGCUUGUACCUUAAAUUUUGAGCAGAAACUCGGGACUGAAAUCAAGCGGGCUUAUGAGAAGCUUGCUCCAGAUAGUCCUCUAGUAGACCAUAGUUCCAGUACUGAGUGCCCCCUUGGUGCAGUUCUAGAUAAAUCUUUUGAAACUCACAAUGAAUACUGUGGCAAAACUCUUGAUGAACAGCAUCAAACAGGUAAAACAAACAUUGAAUCAGGGAUUGCAGGUCUUCAUCCUGACUUAAUCAAAAAAGAAAAUGUGGUCCUUGAUCUACACAAGCUACCUAAAACUAACGAUGUUCAUAGUGAAACGAGUAUUGGUAAAAUAGAAAAUAAACAACCUGCUGAAAGAGAAGGUAAAAACAAAUUAGAUUCAUUUAAAGAUGGGGUAGAUAAGACACAACAUUAUUUGGAAGCCAAACGUGAGGACGAUAACCCAGUUGUUGACAAGAAAGAUUCAGGUCAAAUUGAAAAAGAACCAAGUAUUAACCAUGUGGAAUUAAAUAGUGAUGAGAUAGAGUAUAGCGAUAGCUUGAAAGACGAAGGGAGUUUAGGUCUACAACCACAUGAUCAUAGUAUAAAAUCAACAUUUUCAUUAGAGAGUGAAGAAGAAACAAUCUUAUCCUCAACCUGGACAGCAGAUUCACUCCAAGAAACUGAACGCCAGGAUCAGAUACAUACACCAGUUCCCAAGGCUACAAACGCUUUUAAGGAUCUUAGAACGAUGAGAAAAUAUAUGACUGUGGAAGAUAUCAAGUAUCUGAUACAUGCAUUUGGAUAUCGGAAGCUUCUAUGGCUCGACUAUUGUCUUGACAAUACGGAGGCAGAACUUUCUAGCCAAAAUGACGAAGACGUUCUUACUUUAAUUUCUGACUUUGAACACAGUCUCAAACAUUAUCAAGGAAUCAUUUCUGCUUCAAAAAAAUCAAGUGUUCAAGAAAACAUAAAAGGAGACGGUCUUCAUGACAAUAACAUGGCACUUCAAAAACUAGAAGGUCUUCUGUCUACCCUGAAAAGUAAAUACAUGGCAAAGACAUCUGUUAGAAUUGAAGACCAAGGUACUGGUUACUUGAUGUAUUUGCUAAUGAGGAAUGUGCAUGUUGUGGAAUUUCACAGUUGA